AAAAGAAAUUUUAGUACAAAAAAUUCGUUUCUCGGAAACAUGGAACGCUUGUUGAUGUUGUUUUUAUAAUGUGAAUUGUCCCAGUUUUUAGAGUUAAAUUCGUCGAUUUAGCUUCAGUUUGACUUUAUAAAUAGCAAGUAUGCAUAUUUUUUCGUUAGAAAACAAGGAAACCCUGAUGGGUUAUCUUGAAAAGGAACUGCAAAGAAGACUCGGCGUCAAAGCUAGCACAUUGAGAGCGAAAAAAUCUAAAAAGCGUUAUUCCACCCUGAAAACACGAAUUUUCCAACGUUCUCUGGACGCUCUUCCAAAGCAGCCUGUCCUGCUCAAGUCUGGCGGAGUUGUCGAUGUCCCUUGCUUUGUUGUUGACCUGUGCCAAGAGAUCAGAAAACAUUUGGACACGGAGGGCAUCUUCCGAAAAGCAGGUUCUUCUACCAGACAGAAGGAAAUCAAGACUCACUUUGAAGCAGGUGGAUCUGUUCAAAACAACUUCCAUGAGGUAGAUUUAGCCAACGUUUUGAAGCUGUUCCUCCGUGAAUUGCCUGAGCCAUUGAUUCCUGCAGCUUUCCAAGAUACUUUUGCAAAAGCUCAGAAGCAGAGCGACGAAUUUAUGCUUCUACUCUGCAUGUUGCUGCCUACCGCCAAUUUGCAUCUGCUUGCUUAUUUGGCAGAGUUUCUUUUGGAGGUCGACUCGUAUGCCAAAUGCAACUUGAUGCCUGCCAGCAAUUUAGCUAUUGUGUUGUCACCCUCCUUUAUGCCUCUGCUUGAGCACCGACAUGACAAACUGACAAGUCAUGCCUUGCAGCAUGACAACAACAUCAAGGUUCUAGAGACACUAAUCAAAGAAUCAAAAGACAUUGGUGAAAUUCCGAUUGGCCUGGGCUUCCAGCUUGGGCUCAUCGAGGAUGAAAAAUCUGACGAGCUUGCAAGUAACGCCAGCAUGGAUUCCGUGAGCUCCAAGACCAAACCUAGGAAGAGGCGAAGUGGUUCUCUUACAAGAAUGUUUAAUGGAUUUCGGAAGAUGGUUGGAGGAAACACUCGUUCCUCCUCACCAACAGACGAGCUGCAAACACCUUGCAAAAUUCUUCAAACACCUGUCAUCAAAUCAGCAAAAAAGCGCAAGGCGGACACACCUGUUGCCGUUGGCAUGUCAGCAAAAAUUAAAUUAGAUGUACUGCACUCUAUUCCUGAUGGCGUUUUGCUCUCAAGCACGCCAUUCAAACCAAUCAGUAUGAAGCCCAUGCCCUCUGAUACACCUGCACAGUCUCAAUUCUCUCUCACUCCUAUUUUGAGGCCAAAAAGCCCUCCAAAGACGUUGAAAAAAAGCCCUCACCCCCAGGGGCUGAAGCUCAAGCCGCGAAGCAAAUUUUUCACGCCUCGCUCAAAGUCUGAAAGCAUUUUGCAACGAGUCAUUGGGCAACAAGACCAAAAGAAGCCUCGGCUGAGCUUUGGUUCAAAAAAGGUAUCCAAAAAUAAGCUUUUAAAAGCGCCUGCUGUGUCCCCUCCUAAGCUGAUAGUUGAGGAAAAACCUGAGCCUGUACCGAUCUCCAGAACCCUGAAGCGUAAAAAGAGUUGGAGUUCUCUGAGCGGCUCUUUAGGCAGAAACAUGCGCCGUCUUGCACCAAUAACUUUUUCUGACACUCCUCUUCUGGCUUCUCCAUACGCGCCUCGGCUUCGAGGAAAAAUUCCUGAAGGUCUGGGUGGGGCAACAGCCAGGGUGGAUUUGUCGCCCAACACCAAUUUGCAGUCCCAGUAUGACGAGAUCAAGUGCAAGGUUGCCUCACUGGAAAACCAGCUAAACAAAGUCCUUAGCCAGGCUGAAACUGAGGCAAAUGACGCAAGCAUUGACGGACACACUGCCAGUUUUGUGCAGUCAAAAUAUGAAAAGACCCUGGAAGAUGCCGAGCCCUUCAACACUUGCCAGACGACUGACCAACUUGCCAAACGCCUCAGCCGUGAACUCAAAAUCCGACGCUCUGCCGAACAUAAAAUCAUUCGUUCCCCCAGUGCUAGAAAAAUUGGCACGCUCAGACGGAGAUCUAAAGAAAGCGGCCGGAUCAUCAAGACUACUUCCAACACCCGAUUGUCAAAGAGUCCUCAGAGGAGCACCAUACCUCAGCAGCGCAGUCUUCAGAGAGGCAGGCCAAACAGUGUUAUGUCUGGUCUGACACAGCCAAGCCCUGGACAACUGCAGAGGACUAAUGCGCCCCCUCUCAACAGUGGUUGCUCCGGCAGUCUCACCAAGUGCAGUCCAAUGGUGCAGGCUACUCCACCGCCUAAAGUGCGUGAAAAAUCUGAGGAAGUGAAACCAAAAUCGCCGCAGUUUGCUGUGCCGAUGUCUUCCGUCAGAGGCCACAUGACCAGAAGUGUGACCCGCAAAGCCUCAUCAUUCCAUGCCCCAGAGUCGCCCAUGAAUCUCACCAUGAAAAAGACUCCAAGCUUUAGAAACGCCAGCCAAGAGGAUUCGUGGUUGGAUGCCAAGUCGUUCUUGAGCAAUGCAACUCCAAGCAAACUGGACAUGGUCGGACGACCUUCUAUUGCGGAAAUCAAGAUGAAACGGGCUGGAAUGGUGCUGGCUAGCGUCAAGCUUUUCGAGAACAGUCCCGAGGAAAAACAUGCUGGGCUGAGGAACAUUGAGAAAUCAAAGGACACAUCUCCGCUGAUCAGCCCCAAAGUCAAGAGUCCAAAGAAAAGGCUUAGCUCCAGUUGGAAGCCAGCAAACACAGUCACGCCAGAGAGAAGGAAGUCUGCAGGCUACAGAACUGACGACCUGCCAAUUAAUGUAGAAAAGGAAAAUGUCACUUCUCCUUGUGAAACGCUAAAAAUUAUCAAGACUCAAUUCUCACCCAAGAUGGAACUGCCAGCAGGUCUGAAGGAGACCAUUUAUGACGUCUGCACACCUAAAGUGCCUCAAGUCAAGUCGCCCCUUGCCGCAGUUGACAUCAACAAGUUCAACCCUUCCACGCCAAAGCAGUGUCCCACAAUCAAGAAGCCACUCAGCAUCAGGCCUUUGGCCGCCAGCGCCUUCAAGAGAACCCCCUACCAAGCCUAUGCCACCCCUUGUGGGGUAACUCCAAGGACGCCGCUGACGGUCCCCUUGCGUAGAUCUCCCAGAUUGAAUGGUGUUGCGCUGACGUUCUCCUAAGAUUGAUUGUCUUUCAUGCUCAAUUAUGUAUUUACCGUAUUUACCAUAAGUGUGCUAAUUGAUCCAAUUUUUUAAUUUUUCUGAUUUUGUCCAAAUCGUACAUUUUACUGCCAGUCAUUCCCCAUUACGGAAGUUGAAGGUUUUUAUAUUAAUGAUACUUUUAUUUUAAUUUCUAACUUUGAGAGGCCACUCUUACUUAAAAUUUUUUACUCACACUACCUACCCACUUACAAUUAGUUUUAUUUUUCUUGCGCCUCUUUAUUGUUUAGAGACCUGCAUCAUUUGAUUUUCAAUAGAUGCCUUUGCAUUAAAAUUAUUAUUGCAACCAUAAUUUUACUUUUGUGAGGGAAAAAAUGAUUAUAUUGGAUGGGAGGAUUAUAUCUCAAUUAAUUUUUUUAUAUAUGUGCAAUGUAUGUGGUAUGUAGUAAAAAAUAGUUAUGUAAUUUCAUUUUUAUAUUAAAAAUUUGAUGCUAAAAACAAAAAUAAAGUGCCAU